GAUUGCUUUGCACUGGUCGCUGAAUCUUUCGCAGUUUGAGAUUCUUCAGAGGGCAGGAGGACCCAUGCAAGUGGACCGGCACUUCGAGGACUGGGGCUCUGCCAGCGCCAUCGCGAAGGCCUUUUCCAUCGGCAAGAGCGAAUCAGCUGCGGUGGCACAGCUGGUGCAGCACAUGCAUAGGGAUGUGCGGGCUGCUCUGACAAGCGCUGUCAGACAGCGUGGAAUGCCCAAGCUGGUGUUGCACGAGACACUAGCGAAGGAAAUUUUCGCAGAAGGGUGGAGCUCGGGGACAGGCCAGCUCGAGAGUUGGCGCGACAUCCUUUGCAAUGUGCCCGGGAACCCGCAGAUCGAGACUCUGCCUGCAGCCACUGCAGUGUGA